GUACAUGUUCUUUCUCCGGCUGCCGGUAUUGCCCGAAAUCGCAGCCCAGGCUAAUGAUUCAGGCCUUAUUGACAAAAUGUUUCAGCCUUUAGUAAAAAACAAAUCAGUUACAGAAGAAGAAAUUGAAGCCUACAAAUUCAUAUUUUCCAGAAGAGAGGAUUGGAUCGGACCUUUGCACCACCUACGCCAACUUAACGUUAGUAGGGUGAGCAACAUUGAGGCGCAACCAGGAGUGAUUACAAAGCCAACGUUGCUGGUGAUGGGUGACAGCGAUCCUUUACUGCCCCUCGAUACAGCUUACAAAUCCGCAGAAUACGUAGAGCGCAUCUCUAUCAAGCCUUUGCCUGGAACUGGGUAUUCCGCCCAUGUGAGCCACGCAGCUUCUCUCAACCAAAUGAUCGGGGAGUUCUUGCGGGAGAUGCCAUGGAGGCCAUUGUCGCUUCUCGAACCUUCGCAGCCUUCUCUAGUUGGGAGGGUUAUGGGAGCCAGCUUGGCUGUGAUGUCUAAUACCUUUAGCAGAACGACCGAAGCCUUGGAGAUGACCCGUGCUCUUCAGGGGGAUCUGUAUGGAAUGGCUCAAGCUUCGCUGAAAGUGGCGGGAUCUAGUUUAGGCAUAGGUGACAUGUAGUGAUCUGUUUAUGCCUCAGAAUGAUGUUUAGAUAAUUAUUUGCAGAAAAUUACAUCUUAUAUGUGUCACUUUACGGGGAAUUAAAUCCAUUUCUGUGUAAUGAUAUUCUAGGAAGCUCAGAUAAAUAAAAUGGCUUUGUUUUCACUUUGUAUGUGAGUAUACCGAUUUAUUUGGAUAUACAAAGAAAAUGUCUUGCCCACUAAGCUAUCCUGUGCUUUUCACAAACAUUAUGUACAUUAGAACAGCCCCCAUGUGGCGCUGGUGUUUUCUAUCCAGUUCUUAACAAAAUUUUACUGUACCCUACAAUAAUUAUUGCCUAAAUUUUUAUUAUUAUUAUUAUUUUAAUGUUACUGUUUUUGUUGUAAUAAUUAUAAUCAUUAAUAAUAAUCAUAAUUAUAUUUAUCAUAAUUUUAACUAUUAGCAGUAAUAGUAGU